AUGGAGUACCUGAACAUUUCUAACAGCUCUCUGUUUGCCCAUACCUCAGAUGUAGCAUCCAGCACUGUUCUGGGAUUGUGCUGUGUGCUGGGUGUACCAGGUAAUAUAGCGGUGCUGGUCAUGCUCAUCCAACAUUUAAAGGAGGACAGUUUUACCCCAAAACUGAUGCUGAGUCUGGCUGUCUCGGAUCUACUGAGUCUGAUUUUUCUGCCUGUGUGGAUCUAUGCCCUCCUGAAUGGCUGGAUUUUUGGCCAAGGUCUGUGUAAGUUCUUUUCCUAUGUGGUGUACUGGAGCCUCUACAGUACUGUGCUUUCUGUCACCUUGUUGAGUUUGCAAAGGUACCUGCAGGUGCUGUAUCCACAGCGCUGGGCAAAACUUGGACAAAAGGGCCAAAAUGGGCUGAUUUUUGCAAUAUGGACAUCCAGUGGAGUUUUGGCUUCUUAUGCUCUUUAUUACCGAAACGCGAAAAAGAAGUAUGGGCGUUUACGCUGUUAUCAGGAUUAUACGAAUAAAGAAGAACAAAUUGUUGUCUUACUUGUCGAGACUCUAGUAAUGUUUGUUGUGCCUCUCUUCAGUCUGUUGUACUUCUACUGUCGACUUCAUCAACGGAUAAAUCAGUCAGCUUUCUUCAGAAGCCACAGGCUGAAAAAACUGGUCAUCAGAAUUGUAGUGGCCUUCUUCAUAUUCAGCACCCCCUGUAUGAUCAACAACUUGGUCUUAAUGGCAAUGCCACUCAAAUCGGCUGCCAGCAACAAUGUAACCGGAGCUCUUUUCUUUAUCAACAGUUGUGUGAACCCCUUUCUUUACGCCUUCUCAGCUCGAACGCUGCGAUGCAAAAGAAAACAGCAUUCAGACCAACCCCAACAAAAUCAGAAUGAAACUCAGUAAAACAUUUCUGAAGCAUUUUUCUAGCUUUUCUGAAGCAUUACUAUGCGUUUGCUUCUGAAGUGUGCCUAAAAGGAAAUGUUUAUAAAACUUUUCAUCAUCUUCUAUUUAUGUUUCCUUCACUUGUACCUGAAUAGAAUACUUCUCCAUUCCCAAAAUAUUAAAGUUAACAGCUAGGUAUUCCUGUAACAGGAAUGUGUAAGCCAACCAAGGAUAUCUUCUGCUUUUUGUAUUUUCAUUGUCUAAUGUAAAUGUUGUAAAAUGACCAAAAUCAAACUUUCUCUGCUGACCUUUCUAAACACCUACGAUAAAGGAACCUCAAACCCUACACACACACACACACACACACACACACACAAAGUAUGCCAGCAAAGACUUAUUCUUUUGUUUGUUUGUUGUUUAAAGUUAA